UCAAUAUUUUAUGAAUUUUUCUUGAAUCUCAUAGAGCAAAUCGGAUUCAUUGUUUGGGAUUUUUGUUUUAGCAUAUCGGUUUAGGUUAUUUGUUUAGGAUCUUAGAAUAUCAGCAUGUAAUCGCAUCUAUACAGGAUGAGCGGCUUUGGGCUGUUAUCGUGUACAGCUGUUGCUAUAAAAAUAUGUGUAUAUGAGUGAGAUUCCCCGAAUUAUGCAUAGAGUAAAGACGUAAUGUACUUUUUACGCAAUUUAGUUUGGUUUUGAGAGUUGAAAAGAAAAGACGCUUAGUUGUUGUGAGUAUUUAAAACAUUAUAAGUAAAAUAAAGUUAGUGCUCGUAUAGAUUUAUUAACUCAAUAACAGCCUUAACACAAUGUCACAUAAUUCACCUGUAAUAAAAGCCAAGAGGAAGGCGAUCAGUUUAGAUACUAAAAUUAAAAUUUUAGAUCAACUUACAACAGGACAAGGAGCAACGGCUGUAGGAAAGCAUUUUGGUAUUCCUGAAGCUACCAUAAGAACGAUCAAGAAAAAUGAAACUGCGAUUAGAAAAUCGGUAUGUUCUGGAACGAAAAUAAGUGCUAAAUCAUCGUCAUACAUAAGAGAUGUUGUCAAAGAGAAGAUGGAAAAAGCUUUGGUAAUAUGGAUUGAAGAUAAAUCACAAAAAAGAAUACCAGUAGAUGGAAUUGCUAUCAAGCAAACUGCAUUAAGAAUUUAUAAACGUAUUAAAGAAGUUGAGCCAGGCACUUCAUCUCAGUCAAAACAACCCGAAUUUUCUGCAAGUACAGGUUGGAUGACAGGUUUUCUUAAACGACAUGCUCUCCAUAAUGUAAAAAUUAAGGGAGAAACUGCGUCUGCAGAUGAAUUGGCUGCCAAAAAAUUUCCUGAAAAACUUAGAAAAAUUAUUGAAGAUGGAGGAUACACCCCAGAUCAAGUUUGGAAUGUAGAUGAAAGUGGCCUCUUUUGGAAAAAAAUGCCGAGCAGAACUUAUGUUGCAAAAUCGCAGAAAACUGCCGGUGGUUUAAAAGUAGCAAAGGACCGUGUAACAUUGUUGUUUUGUUCCAAUGCUUCAGGAGAACGUAUGUUAAAACCACUGCUAGUAAAUCGUGCUUUAAGACCACGCUCGAUGAAAAGUGUAGAUUUCAAUAAACUGCCAAUUCACUGGACAGCAAACAAAAAGGCAUGGAUGACCAGUGCAAUCUUUACAGAAUGGUUCCAGAAAUACUUCAUUUCAGAAGUUAGACGCUACAUGAAUGCAAAAUGUCUAGAAUUUAAAGUUCUUUUAAUUCUAGACAAUGCACCUUGCCAUCCGCUCUUGGAGCACCCAAAUGUGCAAUUUUGCUAUCUUCCGCCUAACACUACAUCCUUAAUACAACCGCUAGACCAAGGGAUCAUUGCUACUUUUAAAAAGUACUAUAUUACAUAA